UAUCAUACGGUAGCAGACCAUUUUUUUUACAUUUUCAUGAUGGCGGAGGACAGUGAGUCUGCUGCCAGCCAGCAGAGCUUGGAGCUGGACGACCAGGAUACCUGUGGUAUAGACGGGGACAACGAAGAGGAAAAUGAACACAUGCAAGGGAGCCCAGGCGGAGAUUUGGGGGCUAAGAGGAAGAAAAAGAAGCAAAAAAGAAAGAAAGAAAAGACGAGCUCCGGGGGAACAAAAUCGGACUCUGCGUCUGAUUCUCAGGAGAUGAAGAACCCUGGUUUGCCCAUGCAGAAGCUACAGGACAUCCAGAGAGCGAUGGAGCUUCUGUCGUGUCAGGGUCCUGCCAAAAGCAUCGAUGAAGCAGCCAAGCACAAGUACCAGUUCUGGGACACGCAGCCUGUGCCCAAGCUAAACGAGAUAGUAACAAGCCAUGGACCCAUCGAGGCUGACAAGGAGAACAUCAGACAAGAGCCCUACUCCUUACCGCAAGGCUUCAUGUGGGACACCCUAGAUCUCAGCAACGCAGACGUGCUGAAGGAGUUGUACACGCUGUUAAAUGAAAACUACGUGGAAGAUGAUGACAACAUGUUUAGAUUUGAUUAUUCGCCAAACUUUCUCAAAUGGGCUCUGCGUCCCCCCGGCUGGCUCCCCCAGUGGCAUUGUGGAGUGAGGGUAACGUCCAACAAGAAGCUGGUCGGAUUCAUCAGCGCCAUCCCCGCUAGCAUACAUAUCUAUGACACGCUAAAGAGGAUGGUUGAAAUCAACUUCCUGUGCGUUCACAAGAAGCUGCGUUCAAAGCGCGUGGCUCCGGUGCUCAUCAGGGAGAUCACACGGAGGGUGAAUCUAGAGGGAAUAUUCCAGGCUGUCUACACAGCCGGAGUGGUCCUGCCCAAACCCGUGUCCACAUGCAGGUACUGGCAUCGUUCCCUGAACCCCAGAAAGCUUGUGGAAGUGAAGUUCUCCCACCUGAGCAGAAACAUGACCCUGCAAAGAACCAUGAAGCUCUACCGGCUGCCAGAUAGCACCAAGACCCCCGGCCUGAGGCCAAUGGAGAGGCACGACGUCCGGCAGGUCACAGAGCUGCUGCAGAAACACCUGCGCCGCUUCCAGCUGGCGCCCUCUAUGGGCGAGGAGGAGGUUGCCCACUGGUUCCUGCCCCAGGAGAACAUCAUAGACACAUAUGUGGUGGAGGGAGCUGGUGGUGUCCUAACAGACUUCACUAGUUUCUACACGCUGCCUUCUACUGUAAUGCACCACCCGUUGCACCGGAGUCUGAAGGCGGCCUACUCCUUCUACAACGUCCACACACAAACCCCACUUCUUGACCUCAUGAAUGACUCACUGAUCCUGGCAAAAAUGAAAGGAUUUGACGUCUUCAAUGCUCUGGAUCUGAUGGAGAACAAGGUGUUCCUAGAGAAGCUUAAGUUUGGUAUUGGAGACGGGAACCUGCAGUAUUACCUUUACAACUGGAAAUGCCCCUCUAUGGAUGCAGAUAAGGUUGGCCUUGUGCUUCAGUAGCGUGUCUCUAUAAAUGUUCCUCACACUCCACUGAAGGGGGUUGGCAGUGAACCUAGCCUGUACCUAACCCCGGACACGCUGGUAGCCUGAGUUAGACAAUGGGAACGACUCCAAUAAAGUCCAACAGGUGAAUGGGAGACGUGCGAUAUUUGAAGCAUUCAUCCGUCAAUCGGUUCUCAUCAAGAAUGUUCACUAUUUUUCACCCGGAGGGGAACUCUUUAAUCAUCAAAAUCCUGAAUGUGAAGUCAUGCUAUGCCUGAAAUAUUCCUACACUACAGUGCUAGAGAUGCAACAUGACACCCUCAAACACACACACAAAUCUGCUAAACAGAACAAUAUUUGACCCCUAUAUACCUCCAUAAAGGGAAUCCUGGUGGUGUUUCUCUACAGGGCAUUGUUACAUGGGUCUGCAAAACCAUUCUUUAAAGGGGACCUAUUAUGCUUUUUCGACUUUUAUGACCUAUAAACGUUGUUAUAAUGGUUGAUAGUCAUGUUUAAUCAUACACAAAAAACUGUAGAUUUCCGGGAAACUCUGACUGUCAGCAGGGAAUACGUCGAAAUGCAUGUACGUCAUUAUUUGACACUUUAGUAUGGUUAAACAUGACUAUCAAUCAUUAUUACAACGUUUAUGUGUCAUAAAAGUCGUAAAAGCAUAAUAGGUCCCCUUUAAAUUUAAUUUAUAUCGAAAAUAUUUUUAAUCCCACAAUCUCUGUCCUGCAGUUUUAAUCUUUCUGACCAGUAAGGCUAGAUUAUCGUUACCUGUUAUGAAACUGCAAGCAUUUAUUGUAUGAAGCUCAUUUGCCUCCUCUGGUACUUGUUACACUGUGUGUAAAAAGUUUAUUUACCACAUACAGUGCUUUGGUGAGCUGGACAAGAAAAUCCCUCCUUCAGCAGCUAAUCGUUGUCAGGGGCUCUUGCGAGGAAGGAUAGAGUGGUUUCCAUGGAAGCAGCCUCACAAAUGUAGAAACUGUUCCCUUUAUCGAAACAAAGUAACCUAGUAGAUGCAUUAAGAAAAUAAUUUGCAAGGUAUCUGAGCAUGUACAGACACACACACACAGCACUACAUACACACAUGCACGCAAGAGACCAUCUUCAAGGAAAGACUCAUCCAACUGGUGCAUUUAUACAUGUUUUUUUUUUUGUUAAAUAUAUAGUUAUCUGUACAUUUGAUGCCAGAUCAUAUUUAUUCCUGUAGUGAGUGUGAGGGUUGGAAGGACUGUUCCAAAGCAUUUUCCUCUUGAGUAGUAUAGAUGUUAUUGACAUUUCGAGUUUGUAAUGCCAUUUUAGAUGCUGUGGGUCCAGCGGGGGGUUUGAUGAAGAAUGUAUUGCAUUAAUAAAGCACAAUUUUUCAGUUCUUUGUUGAGCAAGGGGGUCCUUGAUGAAAAGGUGGAGGCCCGGCCUUCAAUUCUUCAAGGGCGCAUUUUUUUCCCUCCCUCGUUUUAUAAAUUUGUCAUUAACCUUACCAACCUGUCUUGAGGAUCGAUCUUUGUUUUGUUGUAUAAAAUCUUCAAUGCAUUUGACCAUUCACCGAAGUCCCAUAGUCUUAGCGUUUUCUCGAGUGUCCUAUUCAGGCAAACGUGGUCAACAUGUGGAUCUGCUCAAAGCUACGAGGAUGACCUGUACACAGGCUAGCGCUUUGUCUCGAGGACUGGAUUAAAAAGCCAUGCAAUGCCUGCCUA